AUGUAUACAUCAAGAAAUAACCAACGAGUCAAUCAAGCAAAAAGAUCGAGAGAAGAUAGAACCCUAAGACCAUCCCAAGAAGAUGUAAAUAAACAUUACUCUAGUAACACCAUUUCUCACUUUAAAUCUCACGGAACGUCAGGAACAGGCGCGGUUAUACCUGGUGCGAUAGAGAUCUUCCUCUCCACUGGCCGCAUUCCUGACAGUUACUCCAGCAUGCUUAAGAUGUGA